GCAUAACAGUCGUCUUCCUUUGUUGUUAUAGUUAGACAGUUUCUUACAGCAAUGGUGGUUGUGGAUACAUGGCAGUAUUUUCUGCAUAGAUACAUGCACGAGAACAAGUUCUUAUAUCAGCACAUUCACUCUCUGCAUCAUCGUCUUGUCGUUCCUUAUGCAUUUGGAGCUUUGUACAAUCAUCCGGUGGAGGGGCUUCUCGCCGACACAAUAGGCGGUGCCUUAUCAUUUCUCCUGUCUGGCAUGUCUCCUCGAACUUCCAUCUUUUUCUUCUCAUUUGCCACCUUGAAAACUGUCUAUGACCAUUGCGGGUUAGUGCUGCCCGGAAACCCCUUUCAUAUUUUCUUCAGAAACAACUCCGCAUAUCACGAUAUUCACCAUCAGCUUUAUGGCACCAAAUACAACUACUCGCAACCGUUCUUCGUCAUGUGGGAUAGAAUUCUCGGGAUGUGCCUUAUUCGCUCAAGAAGAGAGAAGAAAGGGGCUUUGAAGCACGGCCAACGAAAGAGUUGAAAGAUGAUUAAACCA